AUGGAGAGUAUUCUUUUCCAUGUGGUUGCAGUACUGCUGUUGGUUCAGUUCAUGGUGAUUAGUACAACUAAGGUUGUGACUAACAUCACCACUGAUCAAUAUGCUCUUCUUGAUUUCAAAGCUCAUAUUACCUCUGAUAUCUUAGCUCAAAAUUGGUCUACCUCCACUCCCAUAUGUCAAUGGGUUGGUGUCUCUUGCAGUGCACGCCAUGGAAGGGUCACUGCCUUGAAUCUUUCAAACAUGACACUCCAAGGAACCAUCUCUCCACAUCUUGGAAAUCUCUCAUUCCUAAUCUCUCUAAACCUCUCGAUCAACAAUUUCGAUGGAUCUCUACCAAAUGAGCUGGGAAAGCUUCCCCAACUUAAGUGGAUUGAUGUUUCUCAUAAUAGCUUCUCUGGCAUCAUCCCUCAUUCCAUGUUCAACAUGUCAAAGCUGGAAAUUAUGAAUUUAAGCUACAACCUUAUUGAAGGGAGCAUCCCAAUUGAGGAAGGCCAGCUUCCCAGUCUGAAAGUAUUAUACGCGCAUAACAAUAGGCUUUCAGGCUCUUUACCAGAUGAUAUGUGUAAAUGUUUUCCAAAAGUUGAGAAGUUAGCAUUAUCAAAUAACACGUUUGUUGGAACCAUACCAAGGAGUAUCGGAAACCUGACUAAGCUCAAGAAGUUAUAUCUAAGUGUCAACAAUUUAAGAGGUGACAUUCCGCAAGAACUGGGAAAUCUUGUUGAAUUGGAGAUACUUAGCAUGGCGAAUAUGGGACUCGGAGGUUCAAUUCCAUUUUUCAUCUUCAACAUGUCUUCUUUAAAAAUGAUCUAUUUGUAUGGCAAUCGGUUUGUUGGGAGUCUUCCAGUGGAUAUAUGCCACCAUCUUCCUCUACUUAAGGAGCUUCAUCUAGGUGAAAAUAAGCUUAUAGGAAGGAUACCCAAAAGUAUUGGAAAUUGUACUCUACUUGAACGGUUAUGGCUCGAUUAUAAUUACUUGGGAGGUACAAUCCCCCUCGAGGUUGGGCACCUACAAAAUCUGGAGACACUAGAUGUGGGUUCCAACAACCUCACCAGCAAUAUUCCAUCUAGUAUUUUCAACAUUUCAACACUAAAAAUCCUCUCAUUGUGGAACAACCAACUCACAGGAAAUCUUCCAUCAAGCAUAGGCGACACUCUUCCAAAUCUUGAGGAAAUUUAUCUGUGGAACAAUCAACUUAGCGGACCAAUCCCAAGCUCUAUCUCGAAUGCUUCUAAACUAGUAACGCUAUCGUUGCAAAAAAACUCAUUCACUGGAAAUAUAUUCCCCAGUCUCGGUAACUUGAGAUCCCUCCAGUGGCUUAGCCUUGGGGAAAAUGACUUCGCUGGUGAAUCAUCUUCCCAAGAGCUCACAUAUCUCUCUUCUCUAACAAAUUGCCUGAAUUUAAGAUUUCUUGAUUUAUGGGACAAUCCAUUGAAUGGUAUUCUUCCGAGUUCUAUUGGCAAUUUCUCUUCGGCACUUGAAAAUGUUUAUCUAGAAUAUUGUGGACUUAAAGGGGGCAUUCCCAUGGAAAUUGGUAACUGGAGCAACGUAAUACUUAUAAACCUUUCUGCGAAUGAACUAACUGGAUUAGUUCCAAUUGCAAUUGGCAGAUUACAUAAUCUCCAAGGGUUGUUUCUUUAUGAUAAUAAAUUACAAGGACAGAUUCCAACAGAGCUUUGUCAACUACAUAGGUCUGACACUUUAUCAUUGGGUGACAAUAUGCUAAAUGGAUCAAUACCUGCAUGUAUUGGCAAUCUGUCUAGUCUGAGAUAUCUCGACUUGAGCUCUAACAGGCUCAGUUCUGCUAUUCCAACAACCUUGUGGAGCCUUACCUAUAUCUUGAAGGUUUACCUAACUUCAAACUCUUUAACUGGUUCCCUUUCUUCAGAAAUUGGAAGUUUGAAGGUCAUAAUCGAAGUUGAUUUGUCAGGAAAUAAACUAUCAGGUAAUAUCCCCAGUAGCAUUGGGGAACUAAAAGAUCUCACUUUCCUCUCACUUGCGGAUAAUGCUUUUGAUGGCCAAAUUCCAAAAUCAUUUGAUGGCUUGAUAAGCUUGGAGAGGUUGGACCUCUCUAACAAUGAAGUCUCUGGAGUGAUACCAAAGUCGUUGGAGAAACUUUCAUACCUCAGAUAUUUCAAUGUCUCUUUCAAUAGGUUACAAGGAGAAAUUCCAAAUGGAGGACCAUUUGUUAACUUCUCAGCUCAAUUAUUUUUGUCCAAUGAGGGACUCUGUGGCUCGCCUCGAUUGCAAGUCCCGCCAUGCAAAACUACCAAGGCAAGACGAUCCAAUCCAACUUUUGUGCUUCUAUUGAAAUACGUUUUGCCUGCAAUUGCAUCUACAAUAUUGUUGGUGUCUCUUAUCAUUAUUCAUACAAGAGCCCGCAAAAGAAAAGCCAACUUGCCGGUACAAGACAUUCUGACACCCCUUUCCAUGUUGAAAAGAAUUUCAUAUCAAGAGCUUCAACGGGCAACGAAUGGAUUUAGUGAAGGCAACUUGCUUGGCACUGGAAGUUUUGGUUCUGUAUACAGAGGAACACUUUCGGAUUCAGAUAAAACCCAAAUUGCAGUAAAGGUAUUCGACUUGCAGUUAGAGGGUGCAUUUACAAACUUUGAGGUUGAAUGUGAGGUAUUGCGUUGCAUUCGACAUCGGAAUCUUGUCAAGAUUAUCAGCAGUUGCAAUAACAACACUGAUUUUAAAGCCUUGGUAUUGAAGCUCAUGCCUAAUGGGAGCCUAGAAAGAUGGUUGUACUCUCACAACUACUUUUUGGAUGUAUUCCAAAGGUUGAACAUAAUGGAAGAUGUUGCCAUGGCAUUGGAAUAUCUGCAUCAGGGCCUUUCAACACCAAUCGUCCAUUGUGAUCUGAAACCUGGUAACAUCUUGCUAGAUGAGGAUAUGGUGGCACAUGUUAGUGACUUUGGAAUCGCCAAACUCUUGGGUGAAGGAGAAGCUAUGAGACGAACAAUGACACUGGCCACUAUUGGAUACAUGGCUCCAGAGCAUGGAUUGGCAGGAAUUGUUUCUACAAAAUGCGAUGUCUAUGCUUUUGGUAUCCUAGUGUUGGAAACUUUCACAAGAAAGAAGCCUACAGAUGCAAUGUUUGUGGGGGAAAUGAACUUGAAAAGUUGGGUGAAAGAGUCGUUAACAUAUGCACUAAGUGAAGUUGUUGAUGACAAUUUGUUGAACAAAGAAGAGAGACAUCUUGAUGAUAAAAUGAAUUGUAUUUCAUCAAUUAUGCAAUUGGCUUUGUCUUGCACAGAAGACUCACCAGUAGAUCGAAUAAACAUGAGUGAUGCCUUGGUUGCACUCAAAAAGAUCAAGAAAAAGCUGUUGAAGGAUAUCGAAUCCGAGUGUAAAACAAGAUGUGAGUUUCCUUUUCUUCUUUUCUUAGAUGUCAAACUUUCAGUUACAAUCACAAGGCAUGAUCACUAG